AUGACAGUUCUUCACUAUUUACCUUGUAUUUAUUAUUUUAUCUUAGAUCCUGAUGAAGAUGUCAUCAAUGAAAUAAUUGGACAUAGAAGUCUACAACAACGUUUAGCUAUUCAAGAAGCAUAUAAACGUUUAUAUGACAAGGAUAUCACUGAACAUAUUGGUUCUGUAUUACUUGGCAGUUAUGAUAGUCUCGUUAAAACGUUAUUUCGUAAUCCAAUGGAAAUUUUAGCAAAUGAUUUAUACAAAGGAAUGAAAAAUCUUGGAUCAAAUUAUCAAAUCAUGACUGAUAUAAUUUGUUGUUGUAAUAAUACAGAGAUUUAUUUAUUGAAAAAAGCUUAUGAUCAAGGUUAUCGACAACGAUCAUUACAAAUAGAUAUCAUGAAAGAAGCAAAAGGAUCAUAUCGAUUACUUAUGGAACAAUUAUUAAAAGGUGAACGAUGUGAAGAUAAUCCGAACAAAACUGAUACAUCCACAACAACACCAACACCAACACCAACUACAACAACAACAGUAAUUCAAGGCAGUGUCGAUCAACGAUUAGUUGACGAUGAUGUCACUGAAUUGUUAUAA